GUAAUGGGUAAAAAAAAGAGCAAGAGACAAGUACGACCUUGGUGUUGGUAUUGUGAGCGAGAUUUUGAAGAUGAAAAAGUAUUAAUCCAACACCAAAAAGCGAAGCAUUUUAAAUGUCCUCAUUGUAAUAAAAAAUUGAAUACAGCCGGCGGAAUGGUUGUUCAUGUCGCACAGGUGCAUAAAGAAACUAUAGACACAGUCCCUAAUGCAAUGAAAGGUCGAGAAUCCACCGAUGUGGAAAUUUUCGGUAUGGAAGGAAUUCCACAUUCAGAUAUGCUAGCUCACGUGCAGGCGCUUGAAAGUGGGCAACCCUCAAAGAAAAUCAGGACAGAGGACCCCGUUGAACUUUCAAGUGAGGAGCUUAAAAAACAACUUGCGCAACAUCAAGCCAUGAUGCAAGGCAAUCCUCAAGGUGCAUAUUCUUUUACACCUGGAUAUGCUAUUCCUCAACAACAAAAUUUGUCAUCGUUGAUGCCUCACCAGUACAGCCAAUUUUAUCAAAGACCUAUAUUAAGUCAAGCACCGUUUCCACAACCUGGCCUUUUCCGACCAAAUACAUUGACAGGACAAACAGUACCUUCUGUUCCUGGCCAACCAUGGCGUCCUCCUACUGGUACAUCUGCACCAUUAUUUGGAACUACUACACAGCCACUUUUUGGUGCACCAUCUUCUAACACCAGUCAAUCAUCAAUAUUUCCUCCUCGUCCUGCCAGUACUAUCGCAUCUGCAUCUCCGUUGUAUCCUCAAGCUUCAUUAAUUCCUACUCCUGGUCAGCAAUAUUCACCUUAUAACAAUGGACAAUCGGCAAAUCCUUCUUUAACACAAUAUCAGCAAACAUUGCCCAAUCCUUCUGUUAUUCCACCUGUGAGUGAAAGUGGAACUCAAGUUGAUAGUAUGGGUGAUCCAUCUAUUACACAGCAAUCUACUCAAAAAUCACAACAAAAAGAAGAAAAAAGAGCAGAGCAUUUAAAGAGAGCGGAAGAAAAAAAUCGGUUUAGUGAGGAUAAUCACAGACAGCAGGUGCAUGCUCUCGAUCAAUCUGUCCAAUCUC